AUGAACGCCAGAGGAGCAGAUCAAAACGAGGAAACGUCGGACAAUAAACUGGUGUUAACAUGGCGAUUUUUAAAAAUUUAUUGGAAAAUAGUAUUUGCCGUGUCCUGGGCAGCUCUCUUGGCACCAUUCAUUUUUAUUUAUAACAUACCGGAAGUUCGAUGCGCGUACACCGUAUUACUGAUGGCUGGAUAUUGGAUCCUCGAAUGUUUUCCUACGGCAGUCACGGCUCUUCUCCCGGUGGUGUUGUACCCAAUGUUAGGUGUAUUAAGCACGGCAGAAACUUGCAGCUGUUACAUGAACGACACUAUAAUGGUUUUCAUCGGAGGCUUGAUUCUCGCUGUGGCCGUCGAACAUAGCAAUCUACACCUGAGAAUCGCUCUCGGCGUAAUGAAAACAGUCGGCUGCAGUCAUGGGAAACUGCUCGGCGGUCUUUGCGUCGUCACCACGUUCAUAUCCAUGUGGGUCUCGAAUACCGCUGCUACCGCCAUGAUGGUACCAAUCAUAUUUGCGGUACUCAACGAACUGGAACAGGUUUCGAACAGAUCUUUUAAUGGAUCACAAAAACUUUUCUACGUCUAUUCGUCGUGUUACUUUUUCUUCUCUUCUCUUUACCAUCCGGAACAGCAGCCAACGAACGUGACAACGGGCUAUUUAUUGGCUGCGGCGUACUGUUCUACUUUUGGCGGGACGGGAACACUCGUGGGCACAGGCACCAACCUUACUUUCAAGGGGAUAUUCGAAAACACAUUUCCCGGUGCUGAGGGCAUUAACUUCUCGCAGUGGAUGGUCGCCAAUAUGCCUCAAAUGGCGAUAAAUUCUUUCUUGACUUGGAUUUAUCUUCGCAUAGCAUACAUGGGAUAUCUUCGACCGAACAGCAAGGACGCACAAUUAGCGACCAUCGGCGAAGAAGGUGAAGCAAUUUCGAAUCGAGUUAUACAAGAAAGAUACAAGGAAUUGGGCAGUAUUACGUUUCACGAGUUGUCUGUUGCCGGCCUUUUUGCAUUAUGCGUCAUGCUUUGGAUAUUCCGAAAGCCCGGCUUUGUCCGUGGGUGGUCCGAGGCAAUAACGAAUAUAACCAUCCAGGAUUCGACUCCUGUUAUACUGGUUUCCAUCCUGAUGUUCUUCAUUCCAAAAGAUCCCAGUUUCAUUUAUAAUUACAGCAGUGACCAUGCGAAAAGGCCAACAAACUCUUCGGAAGGUUUGAUCACAUGGGACGUGAUACAAAGAAAAAUGCCUUGGAGUCUGAUGUUUCUUCUAGGUGGUGGAUUUGCGAUAUCCAAAGGUAGCAUUGCUUCAUGUUUAGCGAAAAGAAUCGGAAACUCUCUCGUACCGUUGCGAUACUUGCCACCUCAGCUGAUCCUCUUGUUUGUAUCUCUAUUUAUUGGUACCAUUACGGAAUUCACUUCGAACGUCGGUAUCGCAAAUAUUACUCUACCGAUUGUAGCUCAAAUGUGUGUUGCAAUGAAGAUACACCCAAUGUAUCUGAUGGUACCGGCAACAAUAAUGUGUUCCUAUUCCUUUCGAUUGCCAGUCGGUACACCACCGAACGCAAUUGUAUCAAUCGUUGGUCGGAUACCGACCAAGUCGAUGAUGAUAGGAGGUUGCGGCCCUGCUAUUUUUUCAUUAUUUGUUCAAAGUAUUUGUUUCAUUACUUGGGGUAACUGGGUUUACUCUAUUGGAGAUUUUCCAGAGUGGGCUUCUGAAGCUCAUGAUUCCGGCGCAAAUUCUACAUGCGAUUGAAUAAAAAAAA